GUCAGUUCGCGAGUUUGUGCAAAAAAGAGAAAGAUUCGUAAAAAAGCGAUUCAUAAUCCUCUAAUCAAGUGGAUAUCCUCUGUUCGUCAUCGGGGUGUAAUUUUGGUCGUAAUUGUUAUCGGAAAGUGCACCAGUGCGACGGAAUCGCGCUCAAUUCGGAACAGAUUCCACCGGGAAAAAGGGUUAAUUUUGUGCCAGCAAGAAGUCUCAGUGUUUGUCCAAGAAUCUUCGAGUGAAGGAGAAAGCAAUUUUGUAAGAAAUCAGUGCAGCAGAGUAAGCGGGACGACGGUACACAAGGGUGGAGGAGACGAAACACAAAAGAGGAGUUGUCCCCGGGACCUGCUGAUCCGUGUUCCGACAAUCGGACCCCGCCGCCAACCGUAAACAAUCCCAAAGAAGGUCUCGCACGACCAGAUCUUAGAGCGAAAUGGCCAAGAAAACGUACGACCUGCUGUUUAAGCUGCUGCUGAUUGGCGAUUCCGGCGUCGGGAAGACCUGCAUUCUGUUCCGGUUCUCGGACGACGCCUUCACGUCCACCUUCAUCUCCACCAUCGGCAUCGACUUCAAGAUCAAAACGAUUGAGCUGCGCGGCAAGAAGAUCAAGCUGCAGAUCUGGGACACGGCCGGCCAGGAGCGGUUCCACACCAUCACGACCUCGUACUACCGGGGCGCGAUGGGCAUCAUGCUGGUGUACGACAUCACCAACGAGAAGAGCUUCGACAACAUAGUCAAGUGGUUGCGGAACAUAGACGAGCAUGCCAACGAAGACGUGGAGAAGAUGAUCCUCGGCAACAAGUGUGAUAUGACGGACAAGCGCGUCGUCAGCCAGGAACGGGGCGAGAGUAUCGCCCGCGAGCACGACAUCCGCUUCAUGGAGACGUCCGCCAAGGCGAACGUCAACAUCGAGAAGGCGUUCCGCGAGCUGGCGGAGGCGAUCCUGGACAAGACGGCCGGCAAGGAGACGACGGACAACCCGGACCGGGUCGUGGUGAACCGCGGCAUCGGCGACAAACCGCCCGCCUACAAGGCGUGCUGCUCGUAGAAAAGCGGCCUCCGUCCGCCCACGUACGAGAAGAACCUGCUGCAGAGGGGGAGGCGGCGCUGGUGUUGUUGCUGCGGCUGCUGCUGAAGUUCCGCUGGGUGUUUCUGUAUGUGGUCAAAUAGUCUUUCUUCUUUCUGUGAGAGGCGUUGUGUUGGCAUUACUUGCGUACAACGCUACGUGUACGCUUUGGUAGUGCGUCAUUUGUGUUUAUUUUUGAAGCAGAUAGAAUAUAACUCCGAUCAUAAUGGGUCAAGUGUACUCAACUAUUGUUCUAAAUCCUGUGGAAAGUCACAUUUUAUUUCAUAUUGAAUCGCUACUUUAGAAAUUAUUCCGCUCACGAAACAUGCGCUUAAAAGGAUUCUUUCUGCACAAAUUUCACAAAACCUAGCAGAAAUCAGAUUUCUGAAAGUGUUACACAAAUUUUGGAUAUUUCACGCUACGUUUACACUCGGUCUUUGGCUGCAUCUGUACUUGUUUUUAACCGUAAUCUUUCUUCAAACCCUGGAAGAAUUGACUCCACUGUAGUCUAUCCUCUUGCUGAUAGUCUCUUGUCGAUUUCCGAUGCAUCCGGAAGGUCGAUCCACGCAAUUCUUCCGGAAGUGGUCCUCCAGCGUUUGCCACCUCAAUUUGGUCGUCUUCCUAACCUUGACGAUCCCGACAGUCUUCAGAAAUGAAUCCGACCAGCUGGAACUUGACUUUGCAGUCCCCCUUCAAGAACUUCUCGCAAUCUUCAUUUCCGGUGCAUUCGCCGUGAAACCGCACCCUUAACUUUACCAUUGGUCACUUUCUGCUACAAAAACAAUUUUUACUAGUCUUUUUCAAGUGAUUUCCGGCACCUCUUCGCCACGUUGGUGAAAAUUUUCCACUCGCGAAAGCGUCAAAAUGGCGUUCUUUCGCGAGCUGUCAACCUCAAAUUUUGACUUCGCAGCAGCACGCAGCCAGUCGGGGAGUGUUCACGCAUUACGAUGCUCAAAUUUGUUUGACACUUUCAGCAAACUUGAUUCGCACUCAAAAUUGGGUAGCACGCAGAAUGGAGGUACAGCUCUUUGUUUAAAAUGUUUCUUUUCAAAAAUUUUGGAAAGUUUUUUGAGAUUUUCUGUUGUCAAGUAAUUUUUAACAUGAAACAAUUUUGAUUUGAACGGAAAAUUAUUUUUUAAGUGAAAUUUUUUCACACUCAUCUGCGCAAGUGAAGGCACGUUUAUUUUGAUGAAGAAGAACAGUAAACCUAACCUAACCUAACGAAGAAUGUCCCUUAAAAAAGAACUUAUCAAGCAUAAGUUUAAGAAACGAACCCGCUUCUCAUUGUUGUCCGUGUAUAAUAGAAAUAUUCGUGUUUUUGUGCGAAGAACCAACAAUCGUGUUAGAAAAA